UUGGUCGAUUUCGGUUUUGCAAAAAGACUUUCACCAAACUCAAAGACUUGGACUUUUGCUGGCACACCGGAAUAUGUGGCACCAGAAAUUGUUUUAAAUAAGGGUCACGAUCGUGCUGUAGACUGUUGGGCGUUGGGCGUCUUCAUUCACGAACUUCUAGUUGGCAAGCCUCCAUUCCGAGCCGCUGGCGGAGACCACAUGAAGACCUACACCCUCAUCCUGAGAGGAAUCGACGCCGUCACCUUCCAUCCCCGGGUACCGAAGUCAGCACAGCUGCUUAUCCGCAAGCUAUGCCGUGCAGUACCCGCUGAGAGACUCGGCUACCUCAAGAAUGGCAUCGCAGAUAUUAAGUCACAUAAAUGGUUCCUUGGUUUUAACUGGGAAGGUCUUCGUGAGGGUAAACUGAAGGCGCCGCUAAUACAACCUGUAUCUAAUGAUCUGGAUCUUUCAAACUUCGAGAAAUAUCCUAAAGACAAGUUACCGCCCGACGAGACCUCGGGAUGGGACGUUAAUUUCUAG